AUGAAGUCAUCGGAAUAUCUGUCCAGCGACAUGUUGGACGAGAGCCUCCUGAAGUCGUUUGCUCCAUUUCGCGUGGUACAAAUGAUUCUGGGGUCGUGCAGGGUCGACGCUAAGUACCGAUUCGUAACUUCCCCGACGACAUUACAGAGAGCCUACUCCGUUAUCUGUUUAUUAAUAGUACUGAUUUUUUAUUCAACUAUUCUCGCUAGUUACUUUCCGAGAUACGUAGCAUUCCCUCAUAUAUACUAUAUUAAUUUUGUUUCACUUUUCCUUCACUACUCAACGUUCGCAUGUAACGUUAUUCACGUCCGCUUCGUGAACAAUGAUUCAAACGUUAAAUUUUACAUUAAAAUGCAAGAAAUCGAUCGUAAGUUGAAAGUCGAUAAUAACAAAAUAUUUAACAACAUCUUAUUCAAAACCAACGUUGUGUCCGUCGCUGCCGCCGCACUCGUCUCGCUGCUGCUCUACGCGUCGGCCGUGUCCGAAGACGCGCUCGUAACCGUGAGCUUCGCGGGCCCGCUCGUCGCGCAGAUGACGAGCACGUUCGAAUGGCUCAACUGCGCGAACCUUUUGAUAUAUUUCUACAUUCGCAUUCGCUACAUCAAUGCCAUCAUUACAAAUCAUUUGAGAGGCACGGCGGAUUUACCGGCCGAAAAAUAUACAAAAAGUAUAUUCCCUACGAUGAAAACGUUGCGUUGCUUGGCCUCAAAGACGCAUGAUUUUAAAUUUAGCGAUACCGACGUAUAUUUGAAGGAUAUAUUUGAGGAGUUGCUUAGAUUUCAAUCGCUUUACCGGUUCCAGAUUUUUUUAUUCUGUUUCAAAUUUUUUACUGCAACACUUUUGACAUUCGAAUUUAUACUACUGGGAUUGCAACACGACAUUAUAAAACACUUUGAAUUUAUAGUUUUACCGACAGUGACCGCAAUUGACUUAAUCAUAAUUGUUGUCAUAUGCGUUCGAUGCGAGGCAUUCUACAGAGAAAUUAAGACCACGAAAUAUCUUUGCAUCACAGUUCUGUCCCUGAUCUACAGUGGGCCGCUGAGACGAAAAGCUAUUAAAAUGUUAAAGAUGAUCAAAGAGAGACCGCCGCAGUUUUCAGUUUACGACAUGUGGCGAAUGGAUGCAGCUACUAUGAUUAAAAUGAUUAAUUUGGUCACUACUCUCAUGGUUACAUUACUGCAAUUCGCUCUUCUGUAA